AUGUCUAGAGAAACUUUCCAAGCAGUUCCCGACGACGACCGCUUCUCUGGCUGGGACAUCCCCGUCGUCCCGGGUAAUAGCAAUAGCCUCGCUAUCUCAGCGUUUGCCCGCUUCGAGUUCGAGGCCGGCAAAGGGAAUGAGGGAACCAAGAUCCUGAUGGUGGAGUGGGAAGACGACGGGCGCAGCGCGUCGUCACCGGGCUCAUGGCAUGUUUUCUGGGAAGGCAAGACGGCGCUUCUGCCUGCCGAUGAGCAGACGAGCGAAAAAACGCGCCGCUUCUAUUUCAUGCUGCCUCCGGGUAUAACUGUCCCUCCCGUUGUGAGCCUGAGUUAUAUCCCACAACCUAAUUCGGCAUCAACUGUCAAGCCGCCGGACUCAACUAAGAUUAACCCUUUGCCUGCUAUUUUCCCACCCGAACUGGGCGUUACCGCGCGCACAGCUGGGAAGAAGGGUGUUCUGCAUACCAUUUGGGCAAAAAAAAGAUUGCAAUCCCUGGAGAAAGAAAUCCAGGAGGAGUCUUUGAAUAAUGUCGAAGGGAUAGCCCUGCAGAUGGCAAUCCAGGAGAAAGAAUGGAUUGAAGCAAAUUUCGGUGUCACGGUACCGUCAUCUGCCCUUGACGGCUCAUCGUCUUCGCCGGAUGCCUCAUCCCUAUCUUUGGCGCCUCUGACGCCCAUCUCGCCAACUGGGGGUAGCAAACUGGGCGAGAAGCUCAAAGGAUUAAAGCUGGAUACUAGUGAGAAGGAUCCAAAACAGUCAGCUGAAGACCACCGUCAGAAUGCCAUUGAGGCGCAUCUUCUUUCUCCCCAGUCUCCUGACGUAGCUGUCUCGUCUUUCAGCUCUUUCCAUAGUGUCACUAUGAAUAACUCGGAUGUCAAGCGUAUCGUGGCCCACGCGCCACCACCUUUCAUUCAACAGGCGCAGAGCAGCAGCAGCAGCAGCAAUGCUAGUCUUCUUGAACCUGUGGCGCAGCCUGCAAGCUCGGACUCUGAUGAUUUGUUUGCGAAGGCUCUGAGCCCGCGUUCGCCUGACUUGCCACGCAGUCCGUUUUCCUUCUCGUCAAGUGAGGUCCUCGCGGCCCAACGAAACCGAAACCCUUGUGAUUUUAGCCUGCCAUAUGCCAAUCCACGUCGAUAG